UGUUGGUAAUACACAUUUAUACAAUAAUUAAAGUUGAAAAACAGCAAUCAAUUCAAUUUAAUCCCCUAAUUAAUAUUCUCACCUCUAUCCUACGCAGACCUCACUUCUGCUAAAACGCGCCUCUAUCAACUACAAAUUUCUUCUGUAACCGUUUUUUUUUUCUUUGACACUCACAUGAAAGUUCCACUUUCUUCUUCUUCAACCUUUUUGAAACCUCUCUAAAAUUUAAAAAUGACAAGGAGUCACCGGUUACUCCUUCUCCUUCUACUAAUCUUCCAAACGGCACAACGUUUAACCACCGCCGAUCCAAACGACGAAGCGUGUUUGAAAAACCUCCGGCAAAACUUAGAAGAUCCGGCGAGUAAUCUCCGUAACUGGACAAACUCCGUCUUCUCAAAUCCAUGCUCCGGCUUCACCUCAUACCUCCCCGGAGCUACCUGUAACAACGGAAGAAUCUACAAACUCUCACUCACAAACCUCUCUCUCCGCGGCUCAAUCUCACCGUUUCUAUCAAACUGUACAAAUCUCCAAUCCCUAGAUCUAUCAUCAAACCAGAUCUCCGGCGUAAUCCCACCGGAGAUUCAGUAUCUCGUUAACCUCGCCGUACUAAACCUCUCAUCGAAUCAUCUCUCCGGCGAAAUCACUCCGCAGCUCGCUCUUUGCGCUUACUUAAACGUAAUCGAUCUCCACGAUAACGAAUUAUCCGGUCAGAUUCCGCAGCAAUUAGGUCUAUUAGCGAGGCUCUCGGCGUUUGAUGUGUCGAAUAACAAACUUUCCGGUCAGAUUCCGACGUAUUUGUCGAAUAGGACUGGGAAUUUCCCGAGGUUUAACGCGAGUUCGUUUAUAGGGAAUAAAGGAUUGUAUGGUUAUCCGUUGCAGGAGAUGAUGAUGAAGAGUAAAGGUUUGUCUGUGAUGGCCAUUGUUGGGAUUGGACUUGGGAGUGGAAUCGCGAGCUUGAUGAUUAGUUUUACUGGUGUUUGUUUAUGGUUGAGGAUUACUGAGAAGAAGAUUGUUGAAGAAGAAGGUAAGAUUAGUCAAUCUAUGCCUGAUUACUAAACGUAAGAUUAAUUUUUUCUUAAUUAAGGAUUUUGAUUGUUAAUUACGGCUUUGAAGAAGAUUCUUGAUACUGUAUGUGGUUCUAUUCUUUUAUAUUUAUGUUUCAGUUCUGUUUUAAGGUAUGAGAAUAUUCUGUAAAUUAGUAAAUAUGGAAGAAAUUUAGUUAUACUGAGAAAUA